AUGGGCCGACCGGUGGAACACUUCACCAGGAAAAAGGUCGCCAUCGUCGGCAGCGGCUGCACCGGCAUCGCCGCUCUCUGGGCCUUGAACAGGACUCACCAUGACGUCUACCUCUACGAGGCGGCCGAUCGACUCGGCGGCCACACAAACACGGUGGAGUGGAAGGCCGGAAAGUUUACAACUUGCGUUGACACCGGCUUCAUCGUUUUGAAUACGGCUACCUAUCCCAACUUCAUCAGCUUCCUCGACAAGGUCAAUGUCCAGACGGAGCCGACAGAGAUGACUUUUGGUGUCUCCCGGGACCAGGGCCGCUUUGAAUGGGCUGGCACCAGCUUGGGGGCCCUGUUUUGCCAGAAACGCAAUCUCUUUUCGCCGCGCAUGUGGAGGAUGGUCUUUGACAUUUUGCGCUUCAACCAGUUCGCGCUCGACCUGCUCAUGCGCGACGAAGGCGAGUCCUCCGGCGAAUCCGAGACAAUCGGACAGUACCUGGAUCGCGAGGGCUACUCGGAUGCUUUCCGAGACGAUUAUCUGAUUCCCAUGACCGCUGCCGUGUGGAGCACGAGUCCGGACAAGUGCUCUCUGCAGUUUCCCGUCGUGACGCUGGUCCGCUUCCUAUGGAACCACCACCUCCUGUCCACAGUUGCUGCACGGCCACAGUGGCUAACUCUCAAGAAUGGGUCGAAAUCGUACAUUGACGCCGUCAUGCGAGGGUUUCCCCCGAAUCACCUGUUCCUUAACACGCCCGUGAGCCAUGUCACGAAUGACGAUGACGGCAGUGUCUUGCUGCACCUUGAACACGGCAGAACGGAAGUGUUUGAUCACGUCGUUCUGGCUACUCAUGGAGACCAAGCACUGUCCAUCAUCGAGCCGUCGGCGACGGAGCAAGAGCGGUCGAUUCUGUCUUGCUUUGAGACGUCGCAAAACGAAGCCGUCCUGCACUCUGAUCUGACUCUGAUGCCGAGGAAUCGAAAGGCUUGGUCGAGCUGGAACUACCUCACGCUGUCGUCCUUGUCGAGGGCCAAUGUUGAUCAAGUCUCCCUGACAUACAACAUGAACAUCCUGCAGAACAUUCCUCGUGAGCCUUUCGGUGAUGUCCUCGUGACGUUGAACCCCCUUCAUCGUCCGCGUCCCGCCACGAGGCAGGGCCGAUACUUUUACUCACACCCCCUGUACACGCCGGCAGCCGUGCGUGCGCAGAAACUCCUGCAUCAGAUCCAGAACAAACGGGGCAUUAGCUAUGCCGGAGCAUGGACCAAGUACGGAUUCCACGAGGAUGGAUUUAGCAGUGGCUUGCACGUGGCCCAAGAGCAUCUGGGUGCCAGGUUACCGUUCGAGUUCCGGGACGCGACAUACAGUCGGGGCAGGAAACCCAGAUUGGGCCUUGCCGAUCAUCUAUUACGCCUCUUUAUCUUGAUCAUCCAGGUUUUGUAUAUUCAGGUUCUUGAGAGGCUGGCUGGGGGUGGUAACCAGAAGGGCAGGCGAGUGCCCAACGGCGUCAAAGCCAAAAGAAUCUGA